CAAACUAAUUUUAUCGUGUCCUUAUCUGUUUGACUGUUGCUGUGUCUCGGUAGCCAGAAAAGCUUCGCUCUCGUUUUCAUCUGUAGCUAUACGGUUCCUAAUCGAGACAACCCCCAACCCCCCUAAUCUCAAACCUUUGUGCUAUUUUCAUUUACCGAAGUCUAUUUUAUUCUUUAAAUUGCCAUCAUCAAAAUCGUAAUCCCUGCAAAACGUCUCUGUUAUAGAAGAAUCGGGCGCGUAAUUUUUCUUUUUUUUUUGGGUUUUUUGAUCGGAUAUGGCCGUGUUGCUGGAGGACAUUUUGCAAUCGGUAGAGCUAUGGCUGAAGCUGAUAAAGAAGGAGUCGCAACCUUAUGUGGAUUCCAAUCUCGACCCGGUCUUGUUGGUGCCUGGUAUCGCGGGUUCGAUUCUGAAGGCAAUGGACACUGACAAUUGUAAAAGGGAUGAACGGGUUUGGGUUCGAAUUCUUAGGGCCGAUUAUAAGUUCCGCACUAAGCUUUGGUCGCGCUUCGAUCCUUCUACUGGUAAAACCGUGUCUUUAGAUCCAAAAACAAGUAUUCUGGUACCAGAGGAUAGAUAUGGAUUGUAUGCAAUUGAUGUCUUGGAUCCUGACCUGGUAAUAGGACGUGAUUGUGUCUAUUAUUUCCAUGAUAUGAUUGUUGAAAUGAUCAAGUGGGGUUUUCAAGAGGGAAAAACUUUGUUUGGUUUUGGGUAUGAUUUUCGUCAAAGUAAUAGGUUGCCAGAGACAAUGGAGUGCUUUGCUACAAAAUUAGAGUCAGUGUAUAUUGCUUCUGGUGGGAAGAAGAUAAACAUCAUAAGCCAUUCUAUGGGUGGUCUUCUGGUUAAAUGUUUCAUGUCCUUGCACAGUGAUAUUUUCGAGAAAUAUGUGAAGAAUUGGAUUGCCAUUGCUGCACCUUUCCGGGGUGCACCUGGUUACAUCACCUCUACUUUUCUAAAUGGGAUGUCAUUUGUUGAAGGGUGGGAACAGAACUUUUUUAUAUCAAAGUGGAGCAUGCACCAGCUGCUCAUUGAAUGUCCAUCAAUAUAUGAGUUGAUGGCUUGUCCACAUUUUAAUUGGCAACAUAUUCCUCUUUUGGAAAUCUGGAGAGAGAAGAAAGACAUUGAUGAUAAUCCUCAGUUAAUCCUAGAGUCAUAUCCCCCUGAAGGAAGCAUAAAAGUUUUCAAAGAUGCUCUUUCAAGUAACAAGGUCAAUUAUGAUGGAGUGGAUAUUCCUCUACCUUUCAACUUAGAGAUCUUGAAAUGGGCUAAUGAAACAAAGGAGAUCUUAUCUUCUGCUAAAGUUCCUUCCCAAGUGAAAUUCUACAAUAUAUAUGGGAUUAACCUCGAGACUCCUCACAGUGUUUGCUAUGGAAGUGAGGAAGAGCCUGUUACAGAUGUCCAAGAACUGAAAUUUUUCCAGCCUAAAUAUGUAUGUGUUGAUGGUGAUGGGACAGUUCCUGCUGAAUCAGCCAAGGCUGAUGGGCUCAAUGCAGAAGCAAGGGUUGGUGUCCCUGGUGAGCACCGAGGAAUUCUCAGUGACCAUCAUGUGUUUAGGAUUCUCAAACACUGGCUAAAGGCAGGCGAUCCAGAUCCUUACUACAACCCGGUAAAUGAUUAUGUGAUUCUACCCACUGCUUUUGAAGUUGGGACGCACAAAGAGAAUGCCUUACAAUUUACAUCACUCAAAGAGGAAUGGGAAAUCAUCUCAGGGGAUCAAGACGACCACUAUAUUAUGGCCGACAAAAAGCCUGUAGUAAGUUCAAUAUCAGUUUCUCAUGCAGGAGGUGGUAAAUCUUUGCAGGAAGAAACAUAUGCCACUUUGAUUGUUCAUUCUCAGAAUGAGGGGAAGCAACACAUUCAGCUAAAUGCUAUUAGUGUGUCUGUUGAUAGUUGAAUGUACUCUCAGACAGAAAAGUGUUGGGUUGCUUAAAGAUGGCAUGUAGAUCUUGUAUGCAAUGUAUAUAACAGUUGCUUGUAACAGUGACCGUGGUGCAACUUGGUGGUAUCCAAAUUUGUGCACUUCUACAGGGAAUGCUUGUUCAAGAAGGACUAUACUUCAUGGAAUUUGGUCUGUUAUGGUACUGAUGCUAAUUUCGUAAAAUAAGCUUCAUUUUCAAUUUUCACACAA